UGCAAGGUGGGGAAGGCGGUCAUUGGGAGCUCCGGUCGCCUGCCCAGCUCGUAGCACCGUCGCCAGCCUCGCCAAGCCGCCGCCGUCGCCAUGGCCCAAGCAGACAUUGCCUUGAUUGGACUGGCCGUCAUGGGCCAGAACCUCAUCUUAAACAUGAACGACCACGGCUUUGUGGUUUGUGCGUUUAACAGAACCGUCUCUAAGGUGGAUGACUUCCUGGCCAAAGAAGCCAAAGGGACGAAGGUCAUUGGGGCUCACUCCUUGGAGGAAAUGGUGUCGAAGCUGAAGAAACCCCGGCGGAUCAUCCUUCUGGUGAAGGCCGGAAGUGCCGUGGACGACUUCAUCAACAAACUGGUGCCCUUGCUGAGCACUGGGGAUAUCAUUAUCGACGGAGGAAAUUCCGAGUACACGGACACCACGAGGCGCUGCAAGGAGCUGAAGGGCAAAGGCAUCUUAUUCGUGGGGAGUGGAGUUAGUGGCGGCGAAGAAGGGGCCAGGUACGGCCCCUCGCUUAUGCCAGGGGGAAACAAAGAGGCCUGGCCCCACAUCAAGACCAUAUUUCAAAGCAUCGCUGCUAAAGUAGGGACUGGAGAACCCUGUUGCGACUGGGUGGGAGACGAGGGGGCGGGACACUUUGUGAAGAUGGUGCACAACGGGAUUGAGUACGGAGACAUGCAGUUGAUCUGCGAGGCCUACCACCUCAUGAAGGACGUGUUGAGCAUGGACCACGACGAAAUGGCCAAGGUGUUUGAGGACUGGAAUAAGACGGAACUGGACUCCUUCCUGAUCGAAAUCACCGCCAACAUCUUGAAAUUCCGUGACGCCGAUGGCAAGCACCUCCUUCCCAAAAUCAAGGACAGCGCUGGGCAGAAAGGAACAGGAAAGUGGACGGCCAUCUCGGCCCUGGAGUACGGGAUCCCCGUCACUCUCAUCGGAGAGGCUGUUUUCGCUCGAUGCUUGUCUUCCCUCAAGGAUGAAAGGGUACAAGCCAGCAAGGUGCUCAGUGGACCCAAAGCUGGUCAGUUUAGCAGGAAUAAAGCAGCAUUUCUGGAGGAUAUCCGCAAAGCCCUCUAUGCUUCCAAGAUAAUUUCCUACGCGCAAGGCUUCAUGCUCCUGAGGCAAGCGGCCAAAGAGUUCGGCUGGACGUUGAAUUACGGCGCCAUUGCCCUGAUGUGGCGGGGAGGCUGCAUCAUCCGAAGUGUCUUCCUGGGGAAGAUCAAAGAAGCAUUUGACCGGAACCCUGACCUCCAAAACCUACUGUUGGACAACUUUUUUAAGACAGCGAUGGAGAACAGCCAGGACUCAUGGCGACGUGCCGUCAGCACAGGUGUCCAGGAGGGGAUCCCAAUGCCGUGCUUCACCACUGCACUUUCUUUCUACGAUGGUUACCGGCACGGCACUCUGCCGGCUAACCUGAUUCAGGCUCAGCGAGAUUAUUUCGGUGCCCACACCUACGAACUGUUGUCGAAACCAGGUGAAUUCAUCCACACCAAUUGGACGGGACACGGGGGCACGGUUUCCUCUUCGUCAUAUAAUGCCUAGAAUGGACAUUGAACCUCAAAGUUAAAAAUACUGUAGAGCUGAGACAUUCCUUUUUUGAUUAUUAUUCUCUGUACCAACAGCACUUUCAUUGAAGUCAACAUUUGGGAUUUUUUUGUAACAGAAUUGUUAUCAUGUCUUGUGAGAGAGCCAAAAUAAAAAUUAAAC